UUUAUCCAGUUGAGUUUACAAAUGGUGGAAAGAUGAGUCAAAUCGAAGAACUAAAGGUGUUUGUCUCGGAGCGGCUAAACGCUACUGCCUCUGAAAUAGUCGGUGCUAUUGAAAAAACCAUAACGGAUUACGAGGAGCAGGUUUCCCGUUUGAAGGAAGAAAACGACCGGCACCGCUCUCUGUUGGACAUCAUCCUGAAAGCCAAGUUAACGCCACGACAGACAGAAGCAGGUAAUGCCACCAAAAAACAGGUUACCCCUGCUGCUGCUGACCCAGGUGCAUCAGAUUCAAGUCCUGCCCACGAGUCCCCCUGCCAUUCCAAUGGCUUGCAGUGUGUCUUCACCUCACGCACAGACUUUUUAAAGUUAGCAUCCAGUGGCGACUGUCCCUACUGCUUGAAGACCAUUCAAGCCAGUGAGACACAUUUAAUGAGAAAGCAUUAUCUAUUUGCUGUUCAUUUUGCUGAGGGUGGUACCGAAAAAUUUGUUGUUCCAUGUACAUGCAAAGACAGGAUCCAAGGUAGAAGUCACUGGCACUGCCCAUUUUGCAGAAAGAUCAUUUAUCGGAAAUGUAACUUUGAGGUGCACAUAUCUAAACAACAUGGUUAUACAAUAUUGCAGCAAAGCCAAGACCCAGAGAUCGAUCAUCCCUCUCUCAUUGCCUUUGAGGAGGAUGUUCCUCUGAGUCCUGAACCCUGGUGUCAGCAGGGGCUGAGCAGUCUACACCAGGAGGACCCUCAGUCCUCACUGUUGCUUCAAAUAAAAGAUGAGGAAGAAGAAAUGUGGAGACUAGGGAGUCAUCCUGAGUUGCAGAACUCAGAGCAGCUGCAGAUCAAAGGUGAGCCAAUACAAAUGGGUCUGGAGGCAGAUCACGCUCAAGACCCUGCAUUGAACAUAAUCUAUGUGGACACUUACAUUCAACAUCCCAGCGAAAUCAACAAUGUGGAAAGCAGCAGGGAGCAUCCUCUUCCUAAUUCUUCAACUCAACCUCUGGAAAACCUGCCUGAUGGUGGGAUUGGUGAAAUACAGCAGCCAGCUGGGGAAUCUCAGCACAUCACUAAAGAUGGUGCUCUUGCUAAGAAUGGAAGCAGAAGCAAAAUCAAGGAUUGGAAGAACCAUAGACAUUGUUUAAAUAUAAAGCCACUCAAUUCAACUAGGAAGAGGCAUGUGCAAAGAUCUGUACCUCCCUUGAGUUUAAAUGUAAAGAAAUCCACAGAGUCAUCUGCCAGUCAGAAUCUCACAGGUCCUCAUUGUUGUAAAGCAUGUGGAAAGACUUUCCAUUACAUAUACACACUGAGGACACACGCGCAAACACACACAGUGGAUAAAAUCUAUAUAUGUGGAAUUUGUGGAAAACAUUUAGAGUCGCCAGAGAGUUUAAUCCAGCACCUUAAAAGCCACACAAAAACAAACAAAUGUAGUGUAUGUGGCAAACAGUUUUCUAAUAGUUCCCGUCUGAAACGGCAUAGGAGAUUUCACAGACCAAAGGGUCUAAAUAUCAUGUCAUCAGCUUACAAACCACAGAUGGGCGAUAUCUUACCGAUGUCAUAAAUGCAUCAAACUGCUGUUAUUACUGGCUUAUGAUCCACAGCAGUAAACUAAAUCUACUAAGUGGAAGAUGCUAGUCCAGUGGUGUAUUUAUGGAUAACUGUCCUAGUGCUGGUCAGUAUGUUUAUUUGUUAUCAUAUUCAUGUAUAAUUUUGUAGACUUUCAAUUAAAAAAAGUAAUUUCUUCCCUC